AUGCCAGCUUGGAAACUCCAGGUCAUGGAGGACCCGUCGUCGGUAGAUAUGGGAACAGGCACAAUCCGCGAAGACAUGAGGUUAAAGUUUCGACAGAGUUUAAAGCCUCGUCUAACUUCUGCCAAUCGGCAAUGGAUUUGCACAUCUGGUAUUAGGACCGAAUUCAAAGCGAACCGGGAAUCGUCAGAGUUUACUUCAUGUAGCACCUUAUAUGCUGCGCGGCUGGAGUGCUACGUUGUGUAG